AUGGCUGCUGAGGCCAUCCAGGUGGCCGUCAGAGUAGAGGAUGGCAUCCCGAAGCUGCUGGUGAAAAUCAGCCCAAGCACAUGCGCCGGUUUUGCCGCCAAGAACUUGGGCGAGGUGACAGUGAAGAGACCUGGAGCACAGCGAGGACACGUGGCAGUCCUUCACCUCAGCUCCGCGGUGCCCGCGGGCUCUGUCCUGAUUUCCCUGAAGCUGUCGGAGCUCCUGGAAGUGACCUCGGGAGAUCAGGUCCAGAUCGUUCAUUCUGACCGAGUGAGGCGGGCAACUCGACGGGAGCCGCCCCAGGAUCCCGUGGUCAUGAGACGCGGCUCUUGGAGCGAUCUUCCGGUGCCAGGGCAGCGGGUGCAAGCAGUUCAGGUGCCUACUUCCGCAAGGCAGAACUGGCGCGAGUCCUUCGGGCGGCCUUUGCAGGAUUCGACACAAUCACUUCACGCCCGGCCAGGGCGGCCCAAGGAGUCGGUCCCACAAGCAGCAGACGAACUCGGCGCAGAGACGCCUGGCCAAAUUGAGUUCUCGCCGCUUCCCAAAGCGAUUCCGAGGACGAGCAUUCAGUCACCGAACCAGCAGAAGCUGAGCCUGAAAGCGUCCAACCUUGGUUUCGCCAAUCCGUCUCUGCCCGUGACGGAGAGCUACGCUUCGCCUGGAGCUGGGACUGCGAGUGUCCCCUCUGCCUCUGCCCCAUGCACGCCGCAGCGGUGUUUGAUGCCGGCCUUUGCCCAGGCCGCUCAUAGCCAGAGGGGCGAGGCACCCAAGCCAGGCUAUGCGCCGGUUGCCCAGCCGCAGGUGGUCCAUCCACCCAUGUCACAGCAGCAGCCCUUCAAUCCGGCCACCCGCGCAGUGUACAAAGCACCUGCAAACUUCGUACAACCUGGGUCCCCAGGGAGUGCAAGCAGGACUCUCAACGCAGCCAAUCCUGCCUCGGUUGGUUUCUCCAGGCCCAUGGCCAGCACUGCUCCAGCACCAGGUCGAAGACCUGGAACCGAAGCGUGCAAGGAGGCACUGAGCCAGGUGGAAGUGGCAGACUGGCUUCCUGCUUCCAUGGGCUCACCCGUUUGGAAGGCUGCACAGCAGCCCCCACCUUCAUCUCCACCAGCUCUGGUACCCAAAGCACCUUCCACAUCGCCCACACGCACACACAGCCCAAGCCCAAGCCCUCCCCAAAUGCGGCCUGAAGGAGCUCAGCCAAAGGUGCCGAGCCCAAAGUUCCAGCCAAUUCCACAUCCACAAUCCAGUCCACAAGGACCUCUUCUGAGAGACGCAGAGCGUGCCGUGCGCGUGCGGCAGAGCGUUCCCAACUUGCAACCACGUCGCGUGCACUCACAGGCAGAGCUGCAGAGAGGCACGGGAAGACGUGGAACGGACCUCCCGUCCAAGAUCAGCCCCAGUCCCAAGGUGGCUCCCGAGAGGGAGCGCCAGUCCCUAAGCCCCCCUCCGCUUCGCAUGCCGAGGGCAGUCCCAAGUCCAAGUCCGACCUCAGCCGGCACAGGCGAGCAGCCAUCAUCGCCAUCCUUAGGCCCAUUCCAUGCGCCUCCCGGCCACCCUCCGGGCCACCCUCCGGGCCACCUGCAGCCGAACCCCAACCAGGAGCCAGAGAAGGCAGCAAUGGCAGCGCCUGAGCAGCCUGCGCGCAACGGUGGAGUCAGCUGGCGGAACGGCACCAGCGGGCAGAGGAACAGCCUGACGAAGGAACCGUCGGCAGACCGCAGCUUGUCGCCGGCGCAGCCUGUGGUGAAGCCUGCGGUCGGGCUCGCGGAAGAGACCAGCUCACCUAAGGCUGACUGCAGCGAGCAGCAGCCUCCUCCACUGGUCCAGCGCCGAGAUAAAGUUCGCCCGACAGCACUGGUACAUCUUCCAGGGGCUGCCCGGAGCGUUAGCGCCAAACCUCGGCGCACCGGCACCGUGCGGCGCCCCGCAUCACAGGGCCUUGGCCACUUGCAAUGCGAGCCUUGUCCAGCAAGCGCCCAGCCGGCGGCUGUGGCAUCUGUGAGUUGCGACUGGCGGCGGCCACAAAGCACAGGUGGAGGCAGCCUGGAGCGAUCCGAGCUCGGUCCAGAGAUUACAAGUGAAGUGCGCCGGUGGCUGCUGGGCCUCACUGAGGGCAUGCAGUGCUCCCACGUGGUGAUGGACAAGGCACUGACGGUGCUCUCGAACUUCAAGCUCUCCAGUGGCUGCGAGCUUGAGGUGCUUGGAGGGCCACUGGGUGCCAUCGUGGGCGGAUACAACGAAGCCGACUGGCUCCAUCAGGAGAUAUUUUCCAAGUCUCCAGCGGAUGCGGUGAAGGAGUCCUUUGAGCUGCUCGGCUUCGGCGACGUCAGGGAAGGUGACUGGUCUAGUGUCAUGGUUGAGGAAGUCUCCCUGGCCUACCGUCGCCAGUGCCUUCGGGGCCACCCCAGCAGGGGAGGUCCCGCACGGGGCUACCUGAAGUUGCAGGUAGCCAUGGAGGUCAUCCGUGCAUUCUGUGGAGAAGCCGGUCCCCUCACGCCCGAACCAGCAGAGGAGAUCUCAUCCGUGCCCUUCGUCCUAGACGACCUCGCAUUGGUCAGAGAGUUGGAACUGACGCCGUCUCAGGCUGCACAGGAGGCAGACAGUUUGCCGGUCCAGAGGCUCGAGGAGCUCAAUCGGGCCUUGGAUGAGUACAUCCUCAGACAGAUGUGCUUCAAGAGCGAGAUUGUGGCAGAAAUCGCCCGGCUCCACGAGAACUCUGCCUACUCCAUCCUUGGGGUGUCACCGGAUGCGUCUGAUGCGGAAAUCAAGAAGGCAUAUCGCGUUGUCGCGAUGCAGUGUCACCCAGACAAAGGUGGCGACAAGGCGGAGUUCCAGGAACUUCACGAGGCCUACGAGAAGAUCAUGGAGCAGCGAAGGAGUUCAGCCAAUCUUGACGGCAAGUCCCGCAAGCAGCGCGAAGCUGACAGUGACGAAGAUCCAGACGCCGAAGAAAAGGAGAAGGAGAAGGAAGAGAAAGAGGAGACUCAGGAAACGGAAGAGAAGCCUGAGGAGAACCACCAGGAGAAAAAAGAGGCCUCCUCGGAGCGCGCUGAAGCGGAAGAGACGGAAGAGGACGGCUCCGAUGCCCAGCUACUGGCCAAGGCAGCCAAAGCGGCAGACGAGGCUUCGCACUACGCCAAGACAGCUGCCGAGUUCGCCCACCAGGCCGCAGAAGCAGCGGAAACGGCGCGACAAGGUCGUGACUCUGGUGGCGCCAUCACCUUGACCAAGUCCAUUGCACACUCGGCCAUUGUCCUCACACUGACCGUUGUGAAAGCCGUUCGUGUGGUGGGCUAUGCUACUAUGGAUGUAGCAGCCCAGUGCCGCCUAGCGUCCAGGAAAUUCACGGAAGCCUCCUGUGCCGAAAGCUCCACAGAGGCGAUGGGGCUUGGCCUCGAGGCCCUGAAUGCGGCCCUGGCGUGUGCGGAGGUCACGGAGACUACGGCGGCGGAGCUCCAGGCACCAGAGGGCCUCGAGGCCUCUGAAGCAGCCGAGCGCUUUGUCAAUGCUGCCGUCCGUGCCUCGCUAGCAGCUGCCAGUGCCUCCAAUGCGGCGAUGUCUGCUGCCAUCGCGGCGGUGGAGGGACAUCGGCAGUGCAUGCAGGCCGUAGAGGCCAAGACGGAGACUGCAGAGGAGGGACCUGAACCUGCCGAAGCUGACAAAGACGACGCAUCGGAGGGAAAGGACCAGUCGCAGCAUUCAGAUGGUUCCGACGACGAGUCGGUGAGCCCUCCUGAGCCGCGCCGGCACAGCAAAGAGGACUCAGCACAGGCCGCCAUCAGGAGGCAAGUCACGCAGCGGAAUAACAACCACAAGGUGCUCCAGCGUUUGAAUGCGGAGAUCUUGACACACCAGCAGAACGUCAGGGAGUUCUUGCAGGCCAACCGGCAACUUAUUCCGGCGGUGUCCACAGAGGCAAAGAGCAGAGUCCACACGUUGCUCAGCAACUAUGCACGGGAAGUCGGCACAGAGCUUCGAGAGCGGGUGCAGUCUGAUCCUGCGGAUCUUGCGGAGGUCCUUCAGUCAGCCUUGAAAUCCACGGGUCUCCUGGCUCCGUUUCUGCAGAAGCAGACGUUGGCCAUACCCGUCUGCCCGAAGGCACGAGUCUUGAAGAUGGCGACGUUGUACGACCUGCGCAUGACUGUUCAGGUUCUCGAGCAGGAAAUCUUCAGACCUGUCCAGUCUCUCCUGGAACAGGUUGGCAAGAGCCCAUCCUAUGCGCCACUCGCUGAGAUCCAAGAGAAGGUGCAGAAGGAGCUGGCACGUUGCAUCGAGGAAGAGCAUGACGGGGCCUGA